AUGAGUAGAAAAAAUUCAGUGGACUAUGAAAACCCCUUAAUGACCAAUGAUUUUGACAUCGUUGAGCACUUUUCGGACGAAGAAUCUGAUUCCUCCAAAAAUGACUUGCCGGUACCUGCCUAUGAUUCCUCUGGCUUUCCAAAAGCUAAACACAGGAGUGAGUCCGAGGUAGUCCUCUCAAAACCGCAGGAAUACGAUGAAGUUGUCCUGAAACCCCUUGAGGAAAUGAGUAUUCAGGAAAUUAAGGAAGCCCAAAGAUAUUUGUACGAAAAACUGGGAAAGGAAAUGUGCGAGUUCAUCAAGGAGAGGAACCUUAAGAGGAUGAACGAGGCCGAGGCGGCAAAUUUGAAAGAAAAUAACCAAAAGGAGGACAACACACACGAACCGUCGCCGAACGAACUGAUAUUUAAAUUUGAUAAAAAGGAGUUUUACAAAUACCAGUGGAUGAGCCCAUCGGAGUCUAACAAGAAGCAGGAAGCUCCAGGACCUGACUCUGGCACGAGUAAACUAAACCUCCAUGAACUAAGAUUUAGUUUCGAAGGGCUCCCUAUUAGUGGAUCGGAAGACGUUAAAUCGUACGAGGGGACGCUGUACAGUCACGGAUUGGACCCGGACAAGCCUGGGUACACAUUGCCGGAGUUGUUGCACCUGCUUCAGAGCUCAUUUAAGCCGCAGGCGCAAAUAUCCAUCAGAGCGCUGUCGAACAUUUUGUUCAAUUCAUAUGGCAGGGGUAAUAGUAGCAGAGAGGGUGGCGAGACUGAAGGGGAUGGAGGAGCCUUCUUCUCAUAUUCGGCCUACAGGUGGAACAAGUACAUCAACAGUGACCUGGACCUGAUGACAAAGCUGGGAUACUCGGUGGCUGAAAAUCAACGGUCGACCAUCAUUUUGGUGGACUCGCUUCGUUGCAUGUCCCUGUUGACAUUCGGGGAUAGUCUGCGCUGGAACAGCCCGGAUAGCCCAGAGGAGAGUUUGGUGGCGCCAGCGCAGGACGUUCUGUUUGACUACUAUCACUUUUACUCGGGACUUGACGUAUAUUACUGGAACUCGUUGUACCUGGAUCUACAUGACACAAACAUAUAUGAGUACGGCACACCAGGAGGUUCGAAUAAAGGGUCAGUGGAGGGCUCAAAUGGAAGUGCAAAGGGCUUCUUGGAAAUGGGAUUGAGGAUUAAUAAGGAAUUUUACACUAAACUGUUGGAAGGAGUAUACCAAUCACAGACGAACGAGGACGUAGUGAGGGACUUGUUCGUAAAUAUUGACUUGUCGGACUCGGAGCCUGUGGAGUUGGAGAGUAAGCUGUAUCUGUUGAGUGAGCACAACCUCAUAUAUAAGUUGCUCCUGAUCAUGAAGAGGUACGGAGAUAAUCUGAAGCUUCAAGUAUACUGCACGAGUGUGAUUUGCGGUCUCAUAGUAUCCUUCGGCACGCCCCUGGCAAACGCGUUGAUUGAGUUUAAACCAUUCAAAGGCCACUUCGAGUCGCUGCUUAACGUGCUGACGACGCAGGCAGGGAGCCACUACGUUCACGUGAACGGAGCCGUGCUGUACUUGGUAAUGCUGUUGUCGGUGUACCUGGAUCACAUUCCCGACUACUUCACGUCGUUCAUAGCACUGAUAAAGGAGACCGUGACGAGGUCGUUCAGUAGGCAGCUGAAAGGUUUAAACAUGAUUGAUCACUACUCAGAAGAAGAUGAACAAUACAGGAGUUACGCAACCACGGCAGUUAAGUGUUUGACAGUAUGGGCGCUGAGAGGAUACAUGUUUGACUCUCUGGAUGAGUUCGUGCCACUGUUUAAUUUGAACGCAUUCAAGUUGAGGCAACGGAUGGGUUCUGGUGGGACUAAAACGGCCGUCGAAGGGAUUAAAACUACGGAUUGCGGCAUGGAUACAAGUGUUGAUGACGAGUCUUAUGAUGUGUUGGCCGCAAUUAAUCUCCAGUUUUCAGCAUGUCUAAGGCUGAAUGAUAUGCACAGGCACUUUGAAGCAAACGGAGUCAUUGGUGGAGUAAAUGAGUUGAUAGAGAGUUUUGGAGCACGAAGGAAACUGGAAAAGCGCACUGCGUACCACCUAUACUCACUGUUGCAGUUGCAGUACGACUACGUUGAUGCGAUAAGUGCUGAAGAAGGAGAUGGAGAGUUGGAGGUGUCAGAGAGUAGUCUGUUGAACCUAGUAGAAGCAGUUUUGGAUUCAUAUUCAUUUGAAAUCACGGAAGAAUUGGUGGAUAACUUGACGUGGUUUGACGAUAGUAUAUUUACAGGAUCAAAAAGCUGUUUGUAUAGAAAGGACUUAGUAAAAGAGGAACUGGAUAAAUUCAUACUUCCACUUAACAUGUUGAAUCUGAUGCUGAAUACGCUGUUUAAAUUAAGACUGAGAGAUGAUAAGGAACACGCUGCGAAUAGAGUUGAAAAUAGUGAGGAUCCUGUGUUGAAAGGACUGGAAGCACUGAAGAAGAGGCUGUUUGGAUUGGGAGAUGAGCUGGUAAAACAGUUGAAGGCGGUAUAUUUGAGGCUUCACAAAUCGCAAAUGUUUUACCUGAACACCACCCUGUACCUGGUCAAGUCAGUGCCAAUAUUUGAAUCAUGUUUAGUGUACCUGAGGACUUUGGUGGAAAUGGGAUAUGAUAUGCGUAAAGCUGCGUUUGCAACACUGGCACUGUCAGUGGACUACACCAGACUGGAAGAUGCAUUGAACAUGGUGUACAGUGAAGUUAGUGAUGGACUUAGCACAGAAGGCAUUGGUAAACAUAUGAGUGAAGGUAGUAAAGGGUAUAAUUACGCCAAUGGAAAUGGAUGUAAUUACGAUAAUGGAAAUGGAUGUAAUUACGAUAAUGGAAAUGGAAGUGACCUGAGAGUAGAUAAGGCUUUAAGCCAAUUUAGAGACUUCAACGAGUACAUCGCAAGUUACAGCUUAGGGUCGAAUAGACUGCCGCUGGUGUCAAUGCUGUCAUAUAUGAGUUAUCUGCCACUCCACCUCAGUAAGCACUACGAAACGGGAUUCGACGAGGCGCUCAUGGAAAGAUACGGGGAUGCAGUUGGGGAAUGGACCAGCUCAGAGUUCAUGUUCGCGCAGACAGUGUGCACGAUCAACAGUGUUAGUGAGGACCUGAUGGCGAAUCUGUCGACUGAGAGAUAUGGAGUGUUUCAGAAGCUGCUGUUUGAUAAACUGAGCGGAUGUAAAGAAGCGGGUAAGCAGUGGGACAUAGAUAGGGGAAGUGAGUCAGGCAACUUGGUAGAGCGGUGGGUGCAUUGGAUACGUGGCUUCAAAGGCGCUUUGAACGGUGAUGACUUCGCGAAUAAACUCAGGAGUGAACGCAAGUUGGAGGAAUACUUUGAUAACGCAGAGGCGAUGACGACCAACUGCAGAAAGCUGAUAGGCAAGUUCAACUCCGGGGAGUGCGACUCGCCAGUGACAGUGGGCCUGAUCAUGAUGUUCACGUCGCACUGGUCGAACGAGGAGUGCGCAAAGCUGCUGUGGUCAGACGAGGCACUGAUGCUGCUGCUUGGAAGGAACCUGAGUCUGGACUUUGAGACCCUGGAGCUGAUGUCGACUUUGGCCGAGGACCUUGCGCUGGGGAGCCUCUGGACGUUCACCUUCAGCCCGGAGUCGGCGGUAAGGUCACAGACGAAGAUGCUGAGCCUGUUCUCAGACGAGAGCGUAAAGAGGACUGAUCCAGUGUUGUUCUUAACACUACUGUCACUGGCAAGGCACUCAGUAGAUCUAAGGUCACUUGAAGCGGAAAGUGGCCUUGUUAGGCAGAUACUGGACGGCCUGUCGGCCAACUAA